AUGUUCGUCCCCCUCCUCGUCCUCCUCAUCCACGCCCUGGCCCAAGUGCAGGGCCAGUCCACAGACUCGUCCGUCGCCCAGCCAUCGACCACAUCCUCUGGACCACCAGUCUCCCUCUCUCUCACAACUGGCUCAGUCACCCUCACCAUCCCCACUACUCGCUCCAAUCAACCAACCCAAGUCGUCACCGUCGUCCCAGCCGUAUUCAAUGUCACCUACACCCUCACGCCUUUACCAACAUCGUCGGACACGGCGCCCUCCCAGACCGCGUCGGAGACACCCACUCCAACUCCGGAUCCUUUCGUUCUCGAAACCAAAGUCGACCCUGCCUUUGGCGUACUGGGCGUCAUUCUAAUUCUCACUGGCCUUCCCUCCGCUUUCUGGGGCCACAAGAACAGAUGGACCUCGUUCUUUCUAAUUGGAUUCUAUACUCUGUCUCUAGUAUGUUUCGUUUUAAUCCUUAAAUUCGGUAUUCUCCCCGCCAUCAACCCUCCGAGUCGUACCCUCCGCGGCAUGUUCGUCCUCUCCUGCACCGUCGCUGGUUUCAUCGGCGGCGCCAUCGCCAUAUUCUUCUGGAAGGGCACUCGCUAUGGUCUCGGCUUCUGGGGUGGCUUCGCCCUCUCCCUCUUCAUCCAGUGCCUCCAUAACGGUGGCCUCAUCAAGAACAUCGGCUACAGGUGGAUCUUCUUCAUCGGUUGUGGCGUUGUUGGCUUCACACUCUCUACUAUCCCAAAGAUUCACUAUCACGUUCUUCUCAUCUCCACGGCAUUCGUUGGAGCCACCUCGUUUAUGCUAGGUGUCGAUUGCUUCACUACCGCUGGCUUGAAAGAGUUUUACAUCUGGAAUCUAGGCUUCCCAGCACUGUUCCCGAAAUUCGUCAACAACGGCAUUCAAUUCCCGGUCUCCCAAACCAUGCAGAUCGAACUCGGCUUGAUGGGGGCAAUAGCUUUGAUGGGCAUCGCCGUACAGCUCCGCAUCCUCAAGGUCCUGCAAAGGAAGAUGCAAGAAAUAGCCGAGGAGUCGAAGAAGCGGGAUGAAGAAGCCGAGCUUCAAGCGUCCGAUAGGGUGAAGGACCUCAGCGAGGAGCGCGACGCUUGGGAAAAGGACCACCCAGCCCUCACCAAGCAUGGCCGGAAUGACAGCAGCCUUUCCUCAAUGCCACUCAUGAAGGAUCGCGAAGGCACCCCGUCACCCGACGUUGGUCGUACGCGCCAUAUUUCCGUCUUAUCAGAGUUCAAGCCUGCACCCCCGUCAGAGGAAGACCUGAAGCGAGCGACACGAAUGAAUCAAACACCUGGAGCUCUACCUGCACUUGACCUCGGCCUGGCUAUCCAGGAAGACGUCCCGUCGUCAUUCAUUGCCAAGAAUGUCGAAGUCACAGCCGCCGACGUGGAAGAGUACAAACGCAAAGAGACCAUCCUUGCAGAGAUUCAGAAUCUCAGACGUUCCAUUGAGGUUCUCAAGUCCGAGACGCCAGUCCCGUCAUCGUCGGAGCAGUCUCGUAGGCCCUCGCUUACGUCGAGACGUACGACCAGCCUGGACGUUCAAGGUGUUCUUCUGCCUCCUGCCCACGCUCGGCCACCACGGGAAACUGAUCCCCGCGCACGCGUGCAUUCCAUGGAACUGUCUACCUUGACAAGAGAUGCCAAAGAACCCAUCUCACGCCCUACUAGUGCCCCGCUGAAGGAUGAUUGGGAUGCCUAUAUUCAGGAGCGUAAACUGCUGCAGCCACCAGCUGGAGUCUCGCCUCCUAUCGCGACGACUUCUGCCGCCACUCAUCGCGCACCCGUAUCCCCAGCAGUCCAAGAAGCACUGGAGCGUCGAAAACGCAGAGAAAGCGCCAUGCAUCUGACGGCAAGCAGCGAUUCCUCGGAAGACAUUCCGCUUGCCCGCGUUGUUCAGCAGAAACCUAAUCCAGCACCAGUCACGAUACUACCUCCUCGGCGGUCAUCCGGACACAUUGUGGCGCCAGUACCCCAAGUAGCGGCGGCGACAAGGACACGUACUUUCGAAGAGCUUAACGAACGGCACAGGGAGAAAAUCAGAGACCUGCAGGCACCACUGACCCAGGCUGAGAAGGAGCAUGCAGAGCUCGAAGCAGCACGACAACGCUGGGAGCGCUCGAAAGCUCUGGAGAGGGAAGUCGUCACCCAACGACUGGCUGAAAAAGCUGCGGCACUGGAAAAGAGGCAAAAAGCAGCAAGCCCAGAGGGAGAGCGACGGCAAUCGUCGGGGCACGACCCACGCUCAAGCCGCCAUCGACACUCGCGGUCUUUGAGUGCCGACAAGCUGAGGGAUCACGGCAUGUCGUCAAAGAAGAAGUCGAUGCUGAAAGUGGAAGACUGGCAACGAUAUCAGCAGGAUGCCGAGAUUAAUGGCGGAGGAUCGAGCUCGAGGCGGGAUUCGCGGCACCCAACAACGCAGGGCGUGCCGUUCCCGAACGAGAUGGGGCGGAGGAAGAGCAAGGACUUUCUGAGCUGA